AUGAUGAUGAUGAAGCUGCUCCUCUUCCUCUGCUCCGUCCUCUGGGUCUCUGCUGAUGUUCUCCAUGAGGAGCUCUAUAUCCUUGGCUGUUCAGACUCUGAUGGAGAGUUCAUGCUCUCUCUGGAUGGAGAAGAGAAGUGGUUCGCUGACUUUAAGAAGGAGAAAGGAGAAGAACCUCAGCCUCCUUUCAUUGAUCAUAUCAGCUACCCGGAAGGAUUUUAUGAACAAGCUGUGAAUGAUCAACAGGUCUGCAGAUUCAACAUGAACCUCGGUCGUAAAGCUCUGAAGGGCAUCCCUCUGGAGAAAGAUUCAGCUUUAAGCUUUAGCCCUCAGCUGGGAGACGUCUACAGCUGCUCAGUGGAGCAUCCUGCUCUACAGGAACCAGUGACUAAGAUGUUUGAUGUGGACGUCCAUGGUCCUCAGCCCAGUGUGGGACCUGCUGUGUUCUGUGGAGUCGGUCUGACCAUCGGACUCAUUGGCGUCGCCGUGGGAACCUUCUUCCUGGUCAAAGGGAACGAGUGCAGCUGA